GUGCACAGCGCGUUGACGACCGACUUGCCGGCUCACCCCAACCAGAGUGAGGAGUGGAACACUGGUUUCAGUGGCAACGCGCUCGUUGCCAAGAAUUUGCUUGGCUCGAUGGGCGCGCUCGGCAGCUCCUUCGGAGAGAUCGCGAAGACGCGGGCGCUGCGCGAGGAGCAGACGCUCGUCCAGGCGAUCCCUUACCCAAGGGCCGCUUGGCACGAGAUGCCGUUCUUCCUCGAGGCCGAGGGCGACGCGGCCGAGUUGCUGGUCAAGCUCCAGCCGGAAGGGGACACGGUAAAGUUCAAGCCCGCGCUGAAGAAGUCCGCCACUGCAGAGAGAUUGACGCAGGAGGUCCUGGAUGAUGCGAAGUCCGCGAUGGAGAAGGUCAGGGGCGCGGCCUGCGCCGACCAGGACGCGCUGAGUGAUUUGGAGAAGAUGGCCGACGGAAGCAUCGAGAUCGCGGUUGGCCGCGAACG